AAAUGUUCCCCUUGUGAUAUAAGCGGUCGUAAUUUGUCAGCAAACUUUUCAGAAUGGUAGACGUUCAGUUUGCUCCGCUGCGGAGUCUUAGCGACUUUCUGCUGGAGUCGGCGCGCUUUCAAAUGCCGAAUGUGAAGGAUCCUGACAAAUGGGCGAACAGGGUGAUGAACAACCUGUAUUACUACCAAACAAAUUACUUUCUGAUGACGCUUCUCGUUUUCCUCAUCAUCGGAAUUCUUCACCCAGUGAAGAUGGUGUGUGGGUUUGCUGCAAUUGCUGCAGCUUUUGGAGUCUUUGUUUACUGUACAAACAGUCAAUGGACGGCACGACGAUUCAAGCGGAACCACCCAGUCAUCAGCCUCAUUAUCAUUGUGGCAGCUGGCUAUCUUCUGGUGUAUAUGUUUGGAGCAGUCAUUGUCUUCAUGUUUGGUAUAGCCUUUCCAUUACUGCUGACAUUGAUCCAUGCUUCUCUGAGAAUGCGAGGAUUAAAAAACAAAUGGACCAACAAGUUAGAGACUGUUGGGCUGAAACGUACACCCAUGGGUAUCAUAUUAGACGGUCUCGGACAGGAACAGGAAGUAACAAUAUAAGGGUUGGAGAAGGAAGCAAGGGGCAUUUUGGGGACAGGAAGUGGAAAGUCAGAGGAAUCAUGGGAAUUAUAUAACACAAUGCAUAGGAAAUAUUUGAAGAUGAAGUGUGUAAUUUUUUGCGCAUAAGUUGUUGAUGGAAUUUGUUUUAUCCAUGACUUACAGUCAAUUUUGAAUUGGAGAUUGUGCAGCAAACAUUUCAAUGAAAUACAUAUAAUUUAUGUUAAUAUUUUUUCUUAUUGUUUGGACACCAUAUGUAUUUACCUUAGUCCAACGUUUAGUCUCCUGAAGUAUGUGUAUUCAGUGUUAAAUGUUGUUAUACCAUAUAUUCGUGCCAUAUAGCUUUCACUCAUGCAGGCAGAAAUUUUAUUUGAAUAUUUGUAAGAGAUUUGUCAUUAAAUGCUAUGUUACUGUAAUUGAAAAUUGUGUAACAUUUGUUUUAUUUCAAGAAAAACUUGAUUAGCAUCUAAGAUGGCCAGAAGUUAAAGGGACUGACUCAUGAUUUUUCGCCAUAUUUUUUCAUUUUUAAUGAUCAAAAUCUACUGUCUAAUGUAUUUGAAAAGGCUCACAAAAACAUUAAGGUUACACAUUAUCACAGAAGCUCAAUUUAGAGAGUUUAUUAUUUCUUUUGUAAACAAAGACUGCAGUAUGUUAUUGUUUACAAAGUUUUCAAAAGAAAUGAAUAUUGAUCUAAGUUUAUUAUAUUUAUCACAUUUCAAGCAUUCUUUAGGUAAAAUGUGUCGUCUAAAAGUUAAAUUGGUAAAUGUGAAAAAUUAAGCUGCUUUAAAUUACAAAAUUAACAUCACUGCUUGUUUGUAAACAUAAAAAGACUCGGGUCUUUCUUUACAUAACACAGAGUUAAGGCUAAAAUAUUGCUCUUAUCCUUGCAUUCAGAAGGUCAACAUUUUGGCUGUCAACUUUAAAUGGGUUAAAUUUUUGAUAUUUAACGUCAAAAAUUAAAAGUUUUUUAUUCAAAAAACGUGAAUCUGUCCCUUUAAGAUAAUCUAGGUAUUUUUUUAUUUAGGUUCCAAGGUAUUGAUGAUUUAAGUCCCCUGAUAUUGAAUUAAGUCCCCUUAUAUAAGCACUUGCUGCUCUUCAAUGCCUGUCAUGGCAUUGGUUUUAUGCAUGUAUGUGGUACUUUUGUAAAAGGCAUAAAAAAAAGUAUUCAGAUAUUUGUAUGUUGUGCUUUGAAUCUCUUUACAUACAUAUGAGGCUGACAAACACUGUGCAAUAAUUUGUUCAUGAACCAAUCUUUUCAUGAUUUAGUGGAGUUUCUUCACUUUUAUUUUUGUAAACAUUAAAGCUGAAAUGAAGAGGAAAUGCUUCAUCAUAUAAAUAGAGAUAAAAUGUUUAUUAGUAAAACCUAUCAGAUGUUACUCUAGGUUUUCUUACCAUUCGCCAGAUAAAAUUCUGAUAUUUCAUAAUUAGCAAAAACAAUCAACAUUUAUAUCACAUGUUUAAACUUUUUUUAACUUUCAUUACAGAGAAUAUGAUUUUGAUUUAUGAAUAUGCAUGUUGUUGACAUAGAAUUUCUAUCCUUAAAGGGUAUGCAAUCCAAAGUAAAUACUCACUCUGUACAGAUAGAUAUGAAGCAAUUUGCAGUUCAAAUAUUAGUGCACGAAAUGAAUGCAAUAGUAUACAGUUAUUUCCGUGGGGUCAAUUUUUGUACAUUUGGGGAAAGUAGUAUAUUUAUGUAGUGCUGAUUGGUUGAAGAAUUGUCAAUCUGUAUGGCUCUUUAUUUUCUUCUGUUCAUGUAGUAUAUGAACUUUUGGGUAUGUCUGCACCAACAAAAAUUGCACCUUCACACUCAUGAAAAUUAGCAAUUUUGCCCAAAAUUAGCAAAUCUGCUAUGGUGUUGUGCAUACCAUCUAUGCAAAAGCUAACCAUUCUAUCAUUCAGAUAACAAAGCUAUGGUUUGAUGAAAAUCUAUAAACUGUGACAUGGACUGGAUACUUCCUGUAGGCAGUGAUUGUGUGCUGGUGUUUUACUGUGAGGAUGAUUGGGUUAUUGCAUGCUUGAUUUGAUGCUGAUGCUUAAUGCUACAUUUCCAAAACAGACAUCUACUUUUUGAUAUCAAUAUACUGGUAUAGUUUCAAUCUUGCAUCACUAUUUAAUAUUGGGUAUAUUGAUAUGAAUUUAUUAUCUAUAUUGUGAGUUGCUUAAAAAGAGUGUCCAUUUUUUGUAUGUUUCUACAUUUUGAUUUCUAAUGGAUCCAAUGGCAUUGGUUUACAUCUAUUAAGGGUUUCUAGGAUCAGGACCAAAUGUCAAAAGUUUUGAUUGAUGCUUUAAAUAUUGAUGUUUGACUUUUUUUGUUGUGUCAAGGCAUUGAUCAAUGUGUGUAUUUAAGCUGUAGAACUGAAUUUCAAAUCAUAAUGGAACAAUUUAAUAAAUCCAGUGAAUUUU